GACGUCGCCCGCGCCCGCCCGCCGCCUUCCGUCCAUUCAUGCGGCCGCGGCGCGGGAUGAAUGGGCGGGGCGGGGCGGGGGGCGGGGGCACGCGCCGGCCGCCGCCGGGUAGUAAAGGCGCCGCGGCGCGCGCGGGGGUGCGCGAUCGGUACCGGCACCGGGGUCCGGCCCGGCCGCCUCCUCCUUCUCCUCUCCCCCGCCCGCCCCCGCCAUGGUGGCCACCGAGGGGCUGCGGGAGAUGGAGGGCAGCGCGCUGCGGCGCCUGGUGUGCCGCGACGAGGCCGGCGGCCCCGGGCGCUGCCUGGUGCUGGACUGCCGCCCCUUCCUGGCGCACAGCGCCGGCCACAUCCGCGGGGCGCUCAACGUGCGCUGCAACACGAUCGUGCGGCGGCGGGCUAAGGGCGCCGUCAGCCUGGAGCAGAUCCUGCCGGCCGAGGGCGAGGUGCGGGCGCGGCUGCGCGCCGGGCUCUACGCCGCCGUGGUGGUGUACGACGAGCGCAGCCCGCGCGCCGAGGCCCUGCGCGACGACAGCACCGUGGCGCUGGUGGUGCGCGCGCUCCGCCGCGACACGGCGCGAGCCGACAUCCGCCUCCUGGCAGGAGGUUACGAGCGCUUCUCCUCGGAGUACCCUGAAUUCUGUGCAAAAACCAAGUCCCUGAGCAACAUGUCGCCCCCCACCAGCGCCGAGCCCCUGGAUUUGGGCUGCAGUUCCUGUGGGACCCCCCUUCAUGACCAGGGUGGCCCUGUGGAAAUCCUCCCCUUCCUCUACCUUGGCAGUGCCUACCACGCUGCCCGGCGGGACAUGCUUGAUGCGCUGGGCAUCACAGCCCUGCUGAACGUCUCCUCAGACUGCCCCAACCACUUUGAGGGGCACUACCAGUACAAGUGUAUCCCCGUGGAGGAUAACCACAAAGCUGACAUCAGCUCCUGGUUCAUGGAGGCAAUUGAGUACAUUGACUCUGUGAAGGAGUGUUGUGGCCGGGUCCUAGUCCACUGCCAGGCUGGGAUCUCCCGCUCAGCCACCAUCUGCUUGGCUUACCUGAUGAUGAAGAAGCGUGUCAAGCUGGAGGAGGCCUUUGAGUUUGUCAAGCAGCGCCGGAGCAUCAUCUCCCCUAACUUCAGCUUCAUGGGGCAGCUGCUGCAGUUCGAGUCGCAGGUGUUGGCCACCUCCUACGCAGUGGAAGCUGUCAGCCCCUCGGGGACACUGCGGGAAAGGGGCAAGGCCACCUCCACCCCCACCUCCCAGUUCGUCUUCAGCUUCCCAGUCUCGGUUGGUGUCCAUGCCACCCCCAGCAGCCUCCCAUACCUGCACAGCCCCAUCACCACGUCGCCCAGCUGUUAGCUCAGGGGCUGGGGCCAGCCAGGCAGCUAGUGCCAGGUGUGGAGGGAGCAGGCAGGCACGGAGCCCCGGUAAGUUAAGCAAUAGUGCCGGACACUGCCAUUCACCCUGGACUCAACAUCUUUUUCGUAGAGAAAUUUCUUACCUCAUCUUGGGUUUUUUGCUUUUUAAUUUUAUGUUUUGAAAGCAUGAAAGUUGUAAAAGCCACAAACCCUGACACUGUCCAGGCUCUUUGGGGGAGAAAAAAAAUAAUAGUAUACUGGGUUUCCUCAAGUGCCUGGUCUUCAUCUCUUUCCAUUCCUGUAUUAUUGUCGUGUUUUUUAAAAAAACCUGCAAGAUACACCUCCCCUUCUCCCUGUAUUUCUGCCUCUAGCUCACCUGGGUUGAAAAGGGAGCAUGCCCUGGGUUCAUUGUGCAGCAGCCUUCCCCACGGGGAGGGUGUGGGGUGAGUGCUGCUUGCCUGAGCCCAGUUAUGGGGGCCACCAGCAGAGCUGCAGGCAGGGCCUCGGGGCAAGCAGGACACUGCACAGGGCUGCCUGCACUCAGCCUCACCCUGCCACUGCCUGGGGAGGUGACACAGGAGCUGGGAGGUACCUGCCAAGUGACCAGCUGAGCCCAUUCCGGGGCGGGGGGGG